AUGAUGGACUAUGCGUGAGAUCUCCGUGCCUGCGAUAUACUCCUCUCAGCUGGUGUAGUAGCGCUAUGUUGUGCAAAGCAGUGCUCGUCCAGUUGCCAUGACACUUUGGACAUUUUCUUCGGUGCAAGCUCGAAAUCUGAUCCCGCUAUUUUCGACAUCGUCUGUCUUCUUAUUUCUUCAUGGAUCAAGUUCCUGCAAAAAUUGGAGGAAUCCUCAGUGGCCGGUGAUGUUGGCACUCUUCAAAGCCUCCUGAAACUAUUCACUACCUCAACUUGCAAAUACCGGAGUUAUACUGACCUCUCCUAUCGUCUUAACUCUAUUGAACUCGAAGAACUGCAAGACUUCACCUUCCUCCCUAUAGAUACAGAUACAAUCUUGUUAAGAUCGCGUCCUUGUGCUGAACCUUCACAACGCCAGAAUAUUUCAUCUACCCGCAACUUCCUCAAUAUAAUUGCGGAGGGUGCAGGGAAGGCAUUGAAUGCUUUUUUCACAGUUGGUGAACAGGUUCGUGGGGUAGGAGGGGAAUCGGCCGUCUUUGAGACCGAUCUUUUAGCUCGGCGAACUCGUAAUAUGGCUGCUCAAUUGACCCAACGCUUUCUCAACCUAAUGCUGAUUUCAGCCAUUGAGAGGAGUGAAUUUCCCAUAAUUAAUGUGCUUCUGGACUUUGGAUUCCGUCUACAAUCCGUUUCACGUUCUUCCAAGCGCUCUCAUACCUCAUCGACCUCCAAUAUUGAUAUUGUUAAUCAGAGAGUGGGAGGGAAACGUGGAAACCCUUUGGAAUGGCGCCUCGGUGGUCCCAGUGGCAAGAGUUGGUUAGAGGUCGCCCUGCAUGCAGAUGAAGACACCCCUCUCCUGGCAGCAAUUCGAAAAAACCUCUUGGGUAAUGACGUCUUCAGUCGUCUUAUCAAGGUACUGCACUUGGACAUCGUGGAAAAUUGUGGCUUGUCAGCUCUUCUCAUUGCGUCCUUCUACGGUCACAUCGAUUGUGUUCGUGCUAUUCUCGACUUCCCAGGCAUUGAAAAUGAUGUUGAAGGGGAUGAUGGGGAGACAGGACUAGAGGAUUUCCAUUCUAUUGCAUCUUCAGUCUCAGUGUCUUUAAAGUCCAUCCCUCCGGUGGAUGCUCUUCGUUCUGUGAAUCUCCAAUGGCACUUUUUUGAGGGUGGAUCCAACUGCCUCGUAUUGCCUAACCAGUACAACAACAACAGUAGUAGUAGUGAUGGCAGCAAAUAUUUCCUCGAGGCUUCAUUCAAUGUACUCCACAUUGCGAUUAUGACUGGAAACGCGGAACUGGUAGAGUGUCUCUUGACCUACGUGAAGGAGGCUCCAGAGGACUACGCUGAUUGGUUGGCAGACGCCGCUCUCUCCACCACCUGUUACUACGAUGAUGUCUUUGGAAUACAAUCCAAUUCAAUCCCUGACGAAGACCAGCCAUUGGCAAAUCAGGCUCAUGCGGGGCUCCUCUGCAGUCCACCUGGUCUGGCUUGUUGUCUAGAGCAUGUGAAUAUCGAAGGGUGCUCGCUCGCCAUAGAAAUGCUCCGUCUCAUUUCUACUGUUCAGACUCGUAAGGGCAUCGGUGGAAACGGUCUCUUGCACUACCUCUUAGAUUCCCAACGCUACAGUCUAGUCGGGGGUUUACUUUUUCAACAGCAGCAUCGAACCAAUAAAACACUGAUAGACUGGUCUAAUCGUCUUUUGUGUCGACAUCUCAAUGCCGAAGCACGAGAUCCGGACGUUUUUAGCACUCUUCUCACCGAUUGGCUCGCUUGGUCGUCUCUAGAGGCUCUUACCAAAGUCAACCUCGCAAAUAAUGCCAUCUCUGCACUGCCCAUGUGCUUACUGACUCAGUUACCUCAGUUAAAUGACCUGGAUCUAAGUCGCAACGAAAUCACAAACCUUCCGGAUCUUGGUUCACUGGCGUCGGUCUCCACUAUGAACGCAAUAUUAGCUCCAAGCUUGACUCGGCUAGAUCUUUCAAAUAAUGCGCUCACCACCCUCCCUCCAUGGAUUUUUGGUGGUGUAGUUGGGGCUGAUGGUGGUGGCGGAACCCCCCGCGUGCGCGAUAGCAACCGAUUGCGGAGCGUUCCGCGACAGAUGUGGCUGGCAAGGCGGUUGCAGUGUCUUGAUCUGAGUGCAAACAAUCUCACCGAACUACCGCGAGCCUCAAUUGAAGAAAUUUUAAACGCAGCUGUACUCCGAUCCGAAUCAUCUCCUGAUCCGAGCGUGAACAAGGCAAGGGAUUUCUCCUGUCUUCCUCACCUUCCUAAUAGUAUUCAGCCUAUUACUAUGCUGAAGUCCACCAAAGAUACUGGGAUUCCGAGCUCCGCCUCCGCAGUCAUCACCAUCGAUGAAACCAAUGCUGGGGGUCAUGGCGACAGGGGGCUAUUACAUCUCUGGCUCCAAGGCAACCGUCUGACUCGCCUUCCACUUGCUGAACCAACUCUAACUCGUCAGACGAGUGAUGAGAAAGUUCCGCAUGGCGGUGUUGGUCUGGUUCAUCUGGCACCUGCUCUGACUAGCCUGGACGUCAGUGGGAAUCGACUAACUGGACCUUUUCCCCUUCCUGUCCUCUUUCCACCUAACCUUGUUCAUCUAGAUCUCUCCAGCAAUAGAAUCACAUUCGUGGCGGGUAGCCGAAAUGCAGGAGAUGGUGGUGAAUCAGGAGGGGGCUUAGAAACUUCAAACGUUGAGGAGCACAAAGGCUUAGCGAUUUCAGAUGGUCAGCUGAAGCAUCUUUUCCAUCUCAACCUUAGAAGCAACUGUAUCUCUGUUUUCAAUCCGGUCUCUUCUCACAAUAGCGAGGGUGGAGGGGAGGCGUUGCUGUGGUUUCCAGAGUUGGCAAGUCUCGAUUUGUCCGGAAAUACUGAUUUGAUCAGCUUGGGAGCUGCUGUGUGUCGACUAGAGAAGCUUUCCUCCCUUGAAUUGGACGGUUGUACGAGUUUGACUGAGCUCCCUCCGGAUCUCUGGCGUCUGAGUAAAUUAAAGUCACUGACUCUCUUUAAUACACCUGCUUACGAGCGGUUGGUGCGACAAAUCCGGUCUGGCGACGAAGGCGGUGUCCGCAAGGCCAGCCGACAUGCUAUCGGUAAUCAGCGUCGACGAGCUGGAAAAUCACCCUUUUUGUCAACACUCACGGACGGAAUCAGUGUUGGUACUGGUAAUAUCACCGCGUCUCAUGCUCUGCCAGUCCUUAAUACCAAGACAGUGUUGGACUACCUUAAGUCGCUGCCGCGCAGCUCGAGGCCCUACAACAAAGUACGUCUGAUGUUAAUCGGAUCACGAGGAGUGGGUAAAACCAGUCUACUUAAAGCUCUCCUUCGUUCAGAGGGUCAAGAGAGUCGAAGCGUGGAAAAUUCUACUUCAACCUCCAGCGUAACCUUGACUCCACUUCACAUCACUCGACACUGUUCCAUCGACCGAGCGCGAAAUGAGUGGACAGAGACGGUCAACUUCACGGUCUGGGACUUCCAUAGUCCUUCCAAAUCCACCCAUUCGUCGUCACCUAUUGCAGCAAUGGUAGAGGAGGUGGAAAGUGUCAUGUUCGCAGUUCAACAGUUUUCUAUGUCUCGAAGCACCGUCUAUGUGGUCGUCUGGAAUGUGUUGGAUGCGCCAGAUGCUCUUCACGGGGUAGCGAGACAUCUUGUGGCCAUUCAGACCAGAGCGCCAAAUGCACCUGUUAUUGUGGUAGCCACCCACGCGGAAACCGUCACGUCUUUGGAGGUUUCGGAGCUGGCUGAACGCUGUUUCAUUCGGUGUACUGAUCCUGCCUCGAUGGGUCUAUCACAACAAAUUGUUGGCCACUUUCUCGUCGACUCUUGUUACAAUGGUGCCGACAAUACCAACAGAGAGGCAUUUUAUAAUCUCGCCACAGCGAUCCACCAUGCGGCGAACCAUCUACGACCACCCUUCCGGAAGCCCGUAGCUGGUGGAAAAUUUGAAUCGGGUCGGCAGAGGCUUCUGAGUUUUCCUGUUCCGUUAGUAUACCAUGAAUUGGAAGAAGUUACCCGUGAUCUUGCGAAUGACCUCCAUCGUGUAGGAAUACCACCAAUUGUCAGCCUUGAUGACUACGUAACAGAAGUCAAUAGUCGCCUGCAGACAAGCGGCGGACUCGACAGUCUCGAAGAGGUUCGCACCGCUCUGACUUUCCUCCACGAAAUUGGUCACCUUCUCUUCUUUACCAAUCUCACACGUGCUGUUGUCCUAGACCCCAUUUGGCUCUGUGAUCUUUUGGUGCGACUUCUGAUCCCUCCGAACUCUGCUCCCACUCGUGCUGGUGUAUUGAAGCUGUCGCGUUUGAAGGAACUCCUUAUUGUUCCAAUGGCUUCUGCCGAGACAUCUUCUUCGGAUGUAGAUCGUCUAAUGCAUCGCUUUCAGCAUCUGGAAGUAUCUUUUGCUCUCACCUAUCUGGUUGGACUGUUGGCCAAAUUUGAACUGGCUGCACCGCUUGACUCUCAACACCUUCUGGUGCCUGCUUUGCUGCCUCUCAGAAAUUCAUCCGAUUUCUCCUCUUCCAACAGACAAAUUCGAAUUACACCAUUGAAUUCGGUUAUGGAUAAUGAUAAAGAUGGAGAGAUGGAGCUAGAAGGUCUGUUAAGAGAUUCGGAUCCUCUGAAUUGUUUGGUUUUCACCCUUCCCCGAGGGAAAAAGUGGACAACUUCGGUUCCACCAUCACGAUCGGUACCAGCUGACGAGCUUCGAGACCAAUUAGCCCAAUCUUCAGAGUCACUAACAGAUUCUCGUCGACCCAAUAUCUUCUCGAAGUUUGUCGCCUGGCAGAACAACCUAGUUCCACGGGGUCUCCGUUCGAAUAAACCGAAAACCCCCACUAACAAUAGCGCCACUACCGCCUCGUUCUUUCAACGCAGCGAUCAAACACGUCGUCCUACCUCUCGAGGUGGAUCGUCCGCCACUCCUGUGGGACUUCAGAUGCCGCGCUGGAGGCUACAUGCUGCGCUGCGAUCUAAUGAGGUGUUGCGUGUCUAUGCGUUGGCCUAUGUUCCUGCUGGGUUCUGGACACGACUCAUCACUCGUCUUCUCACUGACACUGACCUCAACUCUGUUUGCGGACAUCUCUACAAUCUGGCUACUAUACCAUCGGAAUUGAGAUCUAGUCUUCUUUGUCUGGAGGUGCCGUCCAGUACUGACGAAGGUGGCUUGCCAGCUGAAAGUCUUCAAUGUGGAUGGAGCCUUUCCCGACGAGGCAUUAAGCUGACGCUCGCAGGUGGUGCUGUCCCAGUGUUCACGCUGGAACAAGUUGGAAAUAGAGUCUCUCUUGUGACUGCUUCCCUCAAGGAGACAGAGAUUGCAGUGGAAGCGGAUGAGAGGAUCGGUUUGAAGGACACUGAAUUGAACGAAGUCAAAGGUGGAAAUGGAGCGAUUGAUGAAAAGAGUGCUUUGGGAGGGCUAAAUGAGAAUGACUACAAAAGUUGGAAUCUUCGUCUCCUGCGCUUUUCCACAGGUUCUUCCGAGGCGUACAGAGAACGUUUACGUGGUGUAGCAGCAUCUGAUGAGGACGUGAAAAACAAUGAAAUAAUUAUCGAGCCGUUUGCAUUACUGACAUAUUGUCCUUUUAGACCGCACCUUGUGUAUGGCGUUUUAGUGGAGGAAAUGGUUCAUUGGCUCCUGACUCCCGCUCGAAAGUUACUCGAUGUUGGUACCGAUGGUAGUACUGAGUCACUUCCCUGCCCUGUCCAUUCUGUCUCCAACAAAAACCUUACUCACUGCGGUAUUUCAGCUCCCGAUCUUCUUUUCAUGGAUGUGAGGGAGGAUAUGCGAGUAGCAGGUUGUCGAGUGACACUGGAGCGAUUUUUGGGUCGCGGAGCCUUUGGCUCGGUUUUUGCUGGGUCAGCCUUCUUCCCUGAUUCCCUUCCCUCUAGCGUCGCUGCCUCUACCGAUUCCAUGCUUAAUCUAGUAAAGAUCCCUGUGGGAGUGAAAAUUUGUUCUCCCAUCAACCCUGAACAAGUGGACAUUCGUUUGAGUGAUUGGCAGCCUUACAUGGCCGAGGAACAGGGAACAGGGGCAGAGACGAAAGACGGUGAGAGUGAUGCGGUAACGGAACCAAAGCACGCAGCUUUGGGUACUCCUCAGCGCUCCCACCUCGGCCACAUGGGUCCGGCCGACCUUAGGGUGGCAUUGGCCCUGUACAAACAAGAAAAGCGACGAUGGUCGUUUCAACCAGUUGAAUCGUGCUAUACUGCUUACCAGGAAUUGCGCUAUGAACUCGCUGUUCUCAUGCGUGUCUGUGACGACAGUACGUCUUCUCUUGGCAUUACCACUAGUGGGGGUUUCAGCGCUCCCCACGAACCCCUAUCUCGCACACAAAGUAGUUUUCGCUCUCUACGACGCAGUGUUGUUCGUCGCAGUGCUCGCAGUCACACACGUCCGCGACUCUUCUCCGCUGCCAAUGGUGCUGCGGGUCCAAUGGUGGGCCAUCACUUGCUCACUUGCAUCGGCGUAGUUUCACCUCGCCCCCUCUCCCUCCUCCUACCAUUGGCGCCGCAAGGUAGUCUCUCUGAUUGGAUGGAGGAAAUGAAGAGGGUCUAUGAAGCGGAUGGCAUCUACCCAGUUCAUCAGCGCACCCUCACGACGGUAGUACAUCAGGUCGCUACAGCACUAGCCUACCUACACCGUUUGCGCAUUGUCUAUCGCGAUUUGAAACCUGACAACCUCCUUGUCUGGCAGAUGCCACCUCCUCUUACCACCAACGCUACAGGGACACUCAAGGAGCGGCGAGGAUGCACUCCGACUGACUUCACUUCCGCUGCCAAUUUCGAUGGCGGUGGGGCGAGUAGUCCAGGAGCGGUGCAAGUUGUGCUGGGCGAUUUUGGGGUGAGCCGGUGGAGAGCCAGUCUAGACGGCUGUCGUGGUUACGUUGGUACUCCAGGCUUCAUGGCGCCUGAGGUUCUGGCUAGUUGUGGUGAAGAGACGUACUCGCACAAGGUGGACAUCUACGCUUUGGGCAUUCUGAUGGCUAGCAUUGCCAAAUUUCAACUACCCUAUCGCGGUUUCACAAAUCUGAGAUUUCAGCUGAAUCAGCACAUCCUUUCCGGCGGUAGACCUACUAUGCCAAUUGAUAUCAAAUCACACUGCCCAGCAUCCUAUCUGGAUCUGAUGACCCUUUGCUGGUGUCAUGAGCCCCAACUGCGGCCCGAGGCCUCCUCAGUUGCCAAGGUCACGCAGGGUCCUCCUUCUCCACCUACGUCUUCCACGUUGUCUGAGGUGUCUGGUCGUCAAUGUUGGCGUCAAGCGCGUCUGCCAAUGACGGUGGAUACGGGGUUCGAGACGAUUCAUAAUGUUUUACUCGUGGAUGCGGUUCAAAUGGUCACUUGUGCAGUGGUUGAUUUGCAGGGUCGUGUCUGGAUAGGCGGUUACAGUGCUCAGACCGAACCCGACCUUGAGGUGUCGGGAGACGCGUUUUUUGAGUCUACAGCAGCAGAUCGCAUAGGACGAUUAGUGGUGGUAAUGGAAGCGUCGAAUUUCACUUGUGGUCUUGCCUGUUCGUGGACGUUACGAACGGGCGGAAACCACGGUCAACGUCAUUAUCACGUACCAUCACACUCUCCACUUCCACUCAACUUUUACGAUGGAGGAUAUCCGGUGGCGUUAGCGGUGGAUGGUGGUGGACAUCUGUGGUGUGCGGAUUCGGUGGGAAGGCUCAUGGUUUUUAGCAUCUCCUCGCUGUCUCUACUGGCUUGCUUGUCCUUGACAAAAGCCUCGCUAUCCUCCAUGGAGGGCGACUGCAUUUGGAUGCUCUGCGUAGGCUCCUGCUCGAUGGUGUUGGGCCUCUCGACGGGAUGGAUCUGCUCUGCUUGCCUCAGUGAUGCGGUUCCUGCUGACUCCACUGCCACCGCUCCUAGUAUUGCCAUUACGUGGUCAUUCAACAGUCUACGGCAGAGUAGACGCGUCAGACAGCAUUCUAAUUCCAACCUCUACCUGUGUGGUGUUCGCGUCGCCAAAGGACUCCUCUGGUUGGGUGGAACCUCUUCCACUAUUACGGAACUUCAGCGUGUGGAUGAAUCGGGGACGUGGCGACAGACCGCAACGUGGAAGGCAUCAAUAGCAGUCUCAAUUGGUGGUGGUGCAUCAUUGACAGCAAUGACGAAGGCGUCACAGAAGUCACACAGUUGUGGGCGUCUUUGCGACCAAUCACCGGCUGUGACCUGCAUCACUUCGAGUUGGAGUGGAAAAGAAGAUUCGGCUUUGGAUAGAGCCUGGGUCUACACGUAUCCUGAUAGUGAAAUCGUUUGUUGGUCGGUUCGCACACGAACUCCACUUCAAUCCGUGAAGCUCGACACUGGGGGAGAAAAUCUUCACCUUUAUGACAGCACAUCCUCCACCUCCUCCUGUGACAUCACUUCGUCAAUUGGGAGCGUGGAACAACUGCUCUGGACACCUGAGAACGGUCUCCUAGCAGGCACCUCAAGGGGCACUCUUCUGAAAAUUCGUUGGCCUCUUCUCAGUAGUACCAUUGAUGGUGAUGAUAGUGACGUUGAUGAUGCCUUUGAUGGACCCACUGCCGCGGUCUCCUCACUCAUUACAGCCCAGGCUCUGCGUUUGCAUCGAGGACCAGCGGAGGCGUGUUUUAGUCUCUUGUCGGCGUCUUUGAGUCUGGGUAGGGGAUUCGUGCAUCCACUGCGUCAGUGCCUUGCAGAAUGCUCUCCAGAUGGCAGCUCCAACACCGCUAUCAACUCCAACGCUUACUUUCUUGUCUCGUUCUUUCCUGAUGACGGCGCCUACUACGUGGGACAGUAG